UUAAAGAAAACAUUCUCUCACUCUCUCUCUCUCAUUUUGUUAAUCCAUCUCUUUCUUUUUUGCCAUUCCAGUAUUUAUUUAUUUAUUUAAUUUGUCAAAAUCAUUUUUAUAUUUCAUAUAUUUUUUUGUAUUUGUUUUGGAGUUUUUGGCUCUCUUUUACUGGUAGCAAAUAACCUUGUCUUUGAAUCAAAGCUUUUUCAUCCACAUCUGGGUGUGUCUUUCAAACGUCCAAAUUUUAUUUUAUUUUUUUGUUUUUUUAAAGCUUCAUUUUGUUGUUCUCUUUUCCUACUGAUUUUGCUCUUAGUUUCUUGGUGGGUAGUUGCCAGAAUCUUUCAUUUCAAACUUUGUUAGUUUCUCUGAGACUGUUUUUUAAUUUGGCUUUUUGGGUGACAUUUCUUAAUCUUCUUCGUUCACAAAACCAACCCCAUUUUAGUAAGUAGAUUCCAGUAUUAGUAGGAUCUUGAACUUGGGUGUAGUUUUCUUUUUUUAUCUCUCAUAAAAACCCACAUCACCAAGCUACUGGGUUUUCUUUUUCUUUUUUCUUUCUAUUUUUCUUUCUGUUUGAACGUGUUGAGUUUGAUGAGUUCUUCUGGGAGGAAAUGAGCUCUCUUGCUACAUUUCAGCUUCUGUGUCUGAUUUUGGGUGUUCUUUUUGUGGUUGGUAAUGCCUUUCCAUCAAAAGAAGAUUCAAACUGAAAAAGAAAAAUAAAGAACAAGUGGUGCAUUCACGUUUUCACUGUCCAAAAUUGUCGUCUGUGUAUAGAUCUCCACUGACUAGAAAUUCUGGAUUUGGCACAGUUUCUGCCCUCACGAGCUUUAGGGAAGCUAUGUUUGAAGACCCACAACUGGUUUUGUCAAAUUGGAAUGCCCUGGAUCCGGAUCCUUGUGACUGGGACGGCAUUUCAUGUUCCAUGGCUCGAGAUCAUGUUAUAAUGAUCAACAUUUCUGGGGCCUCUUUAAGAGGGUUCCUUACACCAGAAUUGGGUCAGCUCAGCUCCUUGCAAAAACUAAUUUUGCAUGGAAAUAGGCUGCUUGGGAUAAUACCUAAAGAAUUGGGCUUGUUAAAGAGCCUCACUGUCUUGGAUUUGGGAAAGAAUGAACUCACGGGUCCAAUUCCUCCAGAGAUCGGGAACUUGACCAGUGUUGUGACAAUAAACCUCCAGUCAAAUGGUUUGACUGGUAAGCUACCUCCAGAGCUUGGAAAUUUGAGGCACCUACAGGUGCUUCAAUUGGAUCGGAAUAGGCUGCGAGGAACUGUUCCUGCAACUGGCAAUGCUGAUAUUACAUCCAGCGAUUAUGGAAUGUAUGCAUCAUUGGGCUUUUGUCGCUCACCUCAAUUCAAAGUUGCAGAUUUCUCAUACAACUUCUUUAGUGGGAGCAUACCCAAGUGCUUGGAGUAUCUUCCAAAGACAAGUUUUCAAGGAAACUGCCUCCAGAACAAAAAUCCCAUACAGCGUUCUGAAAAGCAAUGUGAUGGUGCUUCCCCUGCCAAAAGCCAUCCAAUGAGUGACCAAAAGCACAAGCCUGUCGAAAAUGAAACCAAGCAUCAGCAAACGUCGAAACCUGCGUGGCUUUUGGCACUGGAAGUAGUGACAGGAACCAUGGUGGGUUCUCUCUUUUUGGUUGCUAUUCUCACUGCAAUGCAGAAAUGCAAUAGCAAAUCUUCUAUUAUAAUUCCUUGGAAGAAAUCAGCAAGUGAGAAGGACCAUCUUACAGUAUACAUAGAUUCUGAGAUGUUGAAAGAUGUUGUUAAAUACAGCAGACAAGAGCUUGAAGUAGCCUGUGAAGAUUUCAGCAAUAUUAUUGGCUCUUCACCAGAUAGUUUGGUCUAUAAAGGAAUCAUUAAAGGUGGGCCAGAGAUUGCUGUGAUAUCUCUCUGUAUUAAAGAAGAGCUUUGGACUGGCUAUCUUGAACUCUAUUUUCAGAGAGAGGUGGCAGAUUUGGCAAGAUUAAAUCAUGAGAAUACGGGAAAAUUGCUGGGUUGUUGCAGAGAAAGCACUCCAUUUACGAGGAUGCUGGUUUUUGAAUAUGCAUCUAAUGGGACACUGUAUGAGCACCUUCAUUAUGGAGAAGGAUGCCAAUUAUCUUGGACUCGGAGAAUGAAAAUUGUAAUAGGCAUUGCUCGGGGACUCAAAUAUCUUCAUACAGAAAUUGAGCCACCAUUUACUAUAUCAGAGUUAAAUUCAAGUGCUGUAUAUCUUACAGAAGAUUUUUCUCCCAAGCUGGUUGACUUUGAAAGUUGGAAGGGAAUUCUUACGAGGUCGGAAAAAUAUUCUGGCUCUAUCAGCAACCAAGGUUCUAUUUGUGUUCUUCCAAAUUCCCUCGAAGCUCGCCACCUGGAUAUUCAAGGCAAUCUAUAUGCUUUCGGAGUACUUCUGCUGGAAAUAAUCAGUGGGAGACCACCAUACUGCAAGGACAAAGGGUGCUUGGUAGAUUGGGCCAAGGACUAUCUUGAACUACCAGAAGUGAUGUCUUAUGUGGUUGAUCCUGAAUUGAAGCAUUUUAGAUAUGAUGAUCUCAAGGUUAUAUGCGAGGUGGUAAAUCUUUGCAUAGAUCCAGACAUCACCAAGCGGCCUCCGAUGCAGGAGCUGUGCAGCAUGUUGGAAACCAGAAUCGACACAACAAACUCAGUUGAGCUCAAGGCAUCUUCUUUGGCAUGGGCGGAGCUUGCACUUUCAUCAUAAAAUGAGUUUGGAGUUCGAAAGCUAACACACUUGUAAAGCAGAGAUAUACAAUUCUAAUACUUUUUUUUUUUUUUUCUUUUACUUGCCUCACCCACUCACUUUUCAGUUUACAAUUUCUUUUCCUUGUAAAUGCUUUGAGAGGGACCUUGAGAGUUUCUUGCAUCACAAAGUCUCGUUGUAUACCAUUGUUUGAUUAGUAAAAGUACUGAAAUUACUAUUUUA